AUGAAAGUUUUAAUGAAUCAAACUGAUUGUGAACUUAAUGAUAAAGAAUUUUCAAAAUAUUUUUCUCGAAUUAAAGAAGAAAAUUGGGAGAGAUCUUUGCUUUUAACUUUAGAAGAAGAAUUUUAUAAGCUUUCCAAAUCACUAACUUUGCGUCAAAUUCGAUCUAUCCAACUCGUAUUUCUUAACAAAAUUAAUCCUCUCUUAUUUUGUCAAAUUACUGACAAUGAAUUUAAAAGGAUUUUUUGUGGAAUAUUUUUAAAUACAAAAUUUUAUUUAAAUUCAAUUUCAACAAUUAUUCAAUUUAUUGGAUAUAAAAAUGAUAAUUUUUGUUUUUCUAAAGUUAUUUGUAUUUUUGAGUCAAUUCAAUCUGAAUUAUUUCAACGAUUAUUAAUUUUGGAAAAUGAAGAUUUAAAUGAGGAUAUUCUUUCAAUCGACCAAUUUACAUUUAUUUUGAGUAGUUAUCCAGACAGAAUUUAUAAUUUUGUUGGUCGAACUGGUGGUGAAUUUGUCUCGUUAACAAUUUGUACAUUUGAGAAUAAUUUAUUAGAAGCUCUUAUUAAAGUAUUAUUAAAUGGAAAUUUUAAUGUUGAGAUUUUUGCUAAAAUUAUUUUUAAUUAUUAUAUUGAGUUCUUCGACCGGUUUUUAUCUAAAAUCAUUUUUGAAGAGGAUUCCUAUCAUUCAUUACAACGUAUUUUUACUUUUGAUAAAAUUGAGAAAAGAAAACGUGAUGCAAUCCUUAUUAGAUUAAUUCAAUUUAUUCCAGAUGGAAAAACUUUGGAGAAACUUUUUGGAAAUUCUCCUCUGUCUGACCAACUUCUCCAUAAAUGUCUUCUUGAAAAAUCUAUUUUUAUAAAUUCAAAUUCUUCAAUUAGAAAUUCAUUAAAAUCUGCAGAAUUUUUUUCUUUGCUCGGACAAAAUAAUUUAAUUAAAGCAUUUAAUCAAUUAAUUAACCAAUUUUGUGCACAAAGUCAAAUUCUUUCAAUUAUUUCUCUUCAAAAUCAAUUUAAUCUUUCAUUAGCUGUUAUUGACUUUGCGAGACAAAUAAAUAAAGAAAUGCGUCUUUCAAUUAGAGAUGAUUUGACAAAUUCUUUAAUUAAUGUAUUUCCACGUCUUUUAGAACAAUCUGAAAUUUCUCGUCGUCAAAUAGGAAUGUUUACUGCAGAAACAAUUUUUAAUCUUUUCGAACAUCCUUCGCCUUUGAAAUUUGAUUAUAUUCAAACAGAUCCAGUUCUUUGCGAUUUUAUUAAUGCGUUGAAAGGAAAAGAAAUUGAAAAAAUGGAAGAGGGAGAUAAAGAAUUAGAAAAACCACAAUUUUCUUCAUUUCAACAAAAAAAGCAUGUAAUUGAUCCAAGAGUUUCAAUUCUUGAUAGUGAUGAUGAUGAAGAAGAAGAAAAUAUUCUUAAUUGUAUGAGAAAUAUUAAAAUAAAUGAAGAAAGACAAUUCUCAUCUUUUCCUUAUAUUCAAGAUUGUUUAGUUACAUUAAAAGACGAAAAAACAGAAUUUAAGCAUUGGGAAGAAGCUUUACUUUCAAUUGGGCCAUUAAUUAAGAAAAAAUCGAUUGGAUUAAAUAUUUUGGGAAUUGAAAUUUUGGAAACUUUAAUUUUUCUUGAAGAACGGUUUAAAAUUGAUAAUUUUAGAAAUAUAAAAAUCGAAAUAAUUUCAUUUUUAUUGGCUGAUAAUCCACAAUUAAUUAGCCAUUUUAAUCGUCUAUUUUGUUCAAAAAGAUGCUCACAAUCACACAAAUUUUUAAUAAUUUCUUCAAUUGUAAAUGCUGCAAAAUUGUUAUAUUAUGGAGAUGAAAAUGGGGAAAAUAUUAAAAAAGAAAAUGAAAAGGAGGAAAAAGAAGAAGAAAAUAAACAAAUUGGAAAAAUUAUUUGGAGAUCAACAAAUUUAAAACAAAAUUCCAAACAACAAAUAAUUAAAACAUCUAAAUUUGCACCUGUUGCCUCCCAAUUUAUUUUUUCUUUAUUAGAUUUAUGUCAAAAAUAUAGUUUAAAUGAAAAAGAUUUUAAUAUUUUGGCUAAUUUAAUUGGGGCUCUUGGUGAAGUAAUUAAUAUUUGUAAAUUCUCUCCUUCAAUUGUUCGAAUUGCUAGUUCAACAUUUUUAUUUCUUCAACAAUUUCGUUAUUUUUCUCAACUUCAAAAUGUCAAUUUUUUAAUUUUAAAUAAUUUAAUAUUUUGUUAUUUAUCAUUAUUUGAAUUAUUGGAGAUAUCUUUAUUAAAAGAACAAUUCUCUAAUGAAUUAAUUGAUAUAUUUGAAUGGAUUGGAAUUUUUAAAGAAAAGGAAGAAAUAAAAGAACAAUUAGAAAUAAAUGAAUCUUUAAAUGAAUUAAUUAAUUUAUUUUUGUUUAAAUUAAAUGAAAUAUUAUUUUAA